AAAUGGAGAAUAGACCGUCCCCGAGUGAACUUCCAGUCAACACGGCUGUGCGGUUAUGCAAAGAAACUACUGAUAUUGAUGUUAUAAUAGAACUAACAAAACACGAAAAUGCACGUGUAAGGAGGACAGCUCUGGUAGAAAUGUGCCCCUGUAGGGUUAAAAAGGACUUGAGUGACUUCUGGGCCCGGGUGCUGGAGAUGGUAGAUGAUGCUGACCCCCUGGUCAGGAGACAGGUGCUCCACACUCUCUGUGACGGAUCCCCGACUCACCUGGAGACACAGGUAGCCGAGUCCCUGGAACUGUUUAACAGAGACAGCGACGCCCAGAUCCGGCGGACAGCUCAUAAGGUACUGGGUCACUACUGGAAAUCCGGCAAGUGGAACAUACUGUGAGGA